CGUGGAAAUAAAAUCAUUAAAAUGUUCAAUGUCAUCGGUUUUACGCAUUUAUGUUUUAAAUUACGCCUGCAUCCCUCAAAUUAAGCACGUCAUUCGCCAUUAGGCAGCUAUUGUUCGGAAUCGGAAAGAACCAGAUUCCUGUCUGUUGAGAAGCAGCUGUUGCCAUAGUAACAUAAAGACAACAAAGCCGCCUUCUGCGCUUGACACGGCAACGACGCAUUAUCUUAAAAAACACAUAAAUUAGACUAGUUUUUGUCAAUACGACACGAUGACUCACAGUGUUUUCUUCAGACAGAGCAUUUCUUAUCCUGGAGAUAAGUGGCCAUAAUCAUAUCCCGCUCUCAGCGGGACAAAUGAAAUGUUCUUGCGGCCAGCAAAUGAAUAAAGAAGAUGUUUGGUGAACUGAUAGUGCCAUGGAGAAAUAUGAUAAAGUCCUGACUCUUGGCAGAGGAGGAGCAGGUGUGGUGAUGUUAAUGAAACAUGUCGAUACAAAGAAAUUAUGUGCAGUCAAGAGAAUACACGUGGACAGUUACAGAAAAACAAAGACCGAAGAUGUUCUCAAAAACUCAAAUAAUCCCAAUAUCAUAAAACAUACUCACACUAUAACAUACACUGAAACUAAUGAGCACACGACUGAUGAGAAUAUUUACAUUGUUAUGGAUUAUUGUGAUGGUGGGACGCUGGACGACCACAUUAAAGAGCAGAAGAGUGGGGAAUACUUUGCAGAAUGCAAAAUUAUGGACUGGUUUGUGCAAGUAGUCAUUGCCGUCAGUUAUAUCCACUCUGAAAAGAUCCUACACAGAGAUAUCAAGCCUUCCAAUGUGCUGUUAACCAAGAGAGGUGUGAUAAAGCUGGGAGAUUUUGGGAUAUCAAAGAUUAUGAACCACACGCUCGAUAUGGCCUCCACUUGUGUGGGAACCCCCAGCUAUCUGAGUCCUGAACUCUGUCAGGAUGUCCCAUACAGCACCGAAUCUGACAUAUGGGCUGUUGGCUGCCUGCUGUAUGAGCUUUGUGCCCUCAAACCAGCUUUUGAAGCUAAAAACCUCCUGAGUCUGUUUUACAAGAUCAUAAAAGGAGACUACAUCAAGAUCCCCCAGAGAUAUUCAGAAGACAUUCAUACAUUAAUCGAGAAAAUGCUGUCCUUGGUUCCUGAGAACAGACCGAGUGCAAACAGCAUACUUAGCAUGAGCUAUAUGCAAGAACAUCUGGGAAACUUCAUCACGCAUCAGGAGAAAGAACUUACGAAGGUGAAUGCUGAACCCAGACCUCAAACAAAAGAAGAUCUCAGUGUAGAAAUGACAUCGAUGGAAGGCAGAACAGAUAGUGCCUCAGCUGUCUCUGACAAGACGCUGCAAACAGAGGCAUCAAGCAGUGCUGAGGAGGAAGUGGCCCAUGAAGGAACAGAGUCUGAUUAUUCAGAGGACUUUGACGAACAUGAUAGCUAUGCAUCCUCAGAGGAUGCUUCGAGGGAAGACAAGUCCUCCAGCCUCGCCAAUGUGGCUGAAGAGGCAUUUGAGGAAUCUAGUGUUGUGUCUGAAGAUGAAGACAUCGUUGACUAUCCAGAUGACUUUGAAGAAGCUGAUGAUGACCUGGCUGAGGUGGUCAGCUUUGCCAGAGAUGCCAUGAACUGUGUUUCAGAGAAUGAAGCGUUUGAGGUGGCACUGGAGCUCAAAGAUGCAGGCGGUUUCUCUGUCACAAUGAAAGUGUUAAAAGAGAAAUACAUGGAAGAUGUUGGCGCCUCGGUCUAUGAGGAAAUCAGCGGGCACUUUCUAAAUGGCCUCACGCCAGAAUACCUGCAGCCACAAUUCCAGUACAUGAUCGGGACAGACCAGCUGGAGACCUGCUACCUCAUUUUCAACCUUGACCAAGAGACCACAUGCUGAAUCAUGUCUGUUCAAUUUAGAGAAAGUCGUUUUCAAUUGAUGAGUCAUUCUCUAAUGGUAAACCUCAGCAAAUGCUAGUAUAGGAGUAUAUUAAAUACAGCGUUUUGUAAUAUAUGUAAUCAUACAUGAGUUAUAAUUAAUAUUAUGAAAUAGUGAGGUCUUGUAAAUAUUUGACAUCAAGAAAUUGGGACGUUUGCACUAAGAAUUCAGUGCUCCUUUGAAAGUGUUACCUUGUAUAACCAGUAGGUGGCAAUCUAUAGUAAGGAAUUGUGUAGUCUUGCUUUAACAUACCAAUCCAGAAAAUGAGCAUAUCAUAUUCUCCAAUCUCAACACCAUUAGUCACAUCACAGGGAAAGAGAAGUAUAAAACUGCUGCAUUUAAAAUUCUCUAUAUAGUGAAAACAGAAAUUCAUUAUAUCAGUGGCGCCCAGUAGACUACUUUAUCAAGUGAUUUAACCCAUUUUUCUGCCCAGGUCUGAGAAAUGAUAUCUUAACAUAUCUGUUAAACAAAGCUUGUAAAUGUAAAAAGUAGUGGAGAAUAUCAUGUGAACAUUUCCUGCUGUGAUUUCACUGCACUAUUGCAAUGUGAAAAAUAAGACGUUUGCUCAAUAUGUAAAUUUAUGGGCCACAGCUGCAGUUGUUUUCCACUUAAGGCGUUUUCCCUUAAACUUGUCCAGAUUAUUCCAACAGAGAAUUAGAGAUAGAGAAACUGCCAUGUGUAACUGUAUGAAUGACCCUGCAUUAUAUUUCAUUUAAGAAUGCUCACAAUCUGGCUCUAGAGGAAACUGUGUUAUCAAGCAUUAGCAUGGGAAAGCUGCAUACAUUUUUUUGCCAGUAUAAGAUGAUACAGAUUUCCUCACUUAAUGAGGUUUUGGCUGUAGAUGGUCUUCGCAUUUUGUUUUAAUAUCUCUAUAAAUGAAAAAAAAAAA